AUGGAGAUGGAGGAGCCGCCGCCGCCGCCGCCAACGCUGCGCGCUCCGCCGGCGCUGCCGGACGAGCUCGUGGAAGAGGUCCUCCUCCGCUCCCCGCCGGACGACCCGGCGCACCUCGUCCGCGCCGCGCUCGUCUGCAAGCGCUGGUCCCGCCUCGUCUCGGACCUCGCCUUCCGCCCCCGCUUUCGCGACUUUCAGCUCCAGGGCCGGGGUGCCCCGAUGCUGGGCUUCCUCCGCAACAUGUCAGCCGCCAAUGAACCCAUCUCCGCCCGCUUCGUCCGCACCUCCGCGUCCUGCCGCCCCUCGACACCCAGCGGGGCUGGAUCGCGCUCGACGCGCGCGCGGCCGCGUCCUCCUCCACUGCGCCGCCGACGACGAGCGCGCCUGCCUCGUCCUCUCCGCCCGCGGCGGCGCGCCUUCUUGGGGAUUCGCCUCGCCAUCUGGGACCCGCUCUCUGCCGCCGCUGGCGGCCACCUGGAGCUGCCCGUCCCCGUCCUGCCACGGCGCCCGCGCAGCUGGUUAGCGGCGCUGCUCUGCGACCAGCACGGCCUCCUGGACCACGCCGACGGGCACUUCCGCGUCGUCCUGGUGGGCACGGACUCCGAGGGGACUUUCGCUUGCGUCUACUACUCGUUAGGGCCUGCGGCGUGGAGCGAGCCGGUCUACACAGCACAACACCCGGACCCUGGUGCUGGUGGUGGCUAUGUCGACGCGGUGCGCGGUGCCCUCGUCGGGAAUGCGCUCUACUUCUUGUUCCAGUGGAGGACCAGCAUCCUCAAGUACGACCUGGCCACGGGCGACGUGUCUUUCAUUCGACUGCCUUUGGCGUCCCAUAAUGGACGGAUGUUGAACACCGUGCUCACGACCACGGAGGACGGAGGCCUGGGAUUCGCAAGAGUGGCGGUUGACAAACUCUGCCUCUGGUCAAUGGAGCCUAGGCCUAACGGCGGUGCCCUGGCAAUGGAAUGGACACAAGGCAGAGUAAUUGACCUCAGGAGCCUGCUCCCCGUCAUCGAUUUGCUUGGAUAUGCGGAUGGCGUUGGCAUGAUUUUGGUGGGGACGAUUGGUGGCUGUUUCUCCGUUGAUCAAAAGUCUGGCCGGAUCGACAAGCUUGUAGACGGCACUGGCUUCUGCAGGGAUAUCGUUCCCUACAUGAGCUUCUACACUCCAGCACUGGGAACGGCAUCUACAAAUGAGGGACCUAGUGUGAAUGCAUGA